AUGGCACUUCAAGGAAUAAAACCAUACCAAAGACCAAAUGAUUGGGCAGCACUCGUCGAGGCCCAAUCAAAGGCAAAUCUCAUGCAAGAAAAAGCUGAUGCAGAGUUAGCAAGUCUUAAUAAGAGAUUACUCCGUGACGAACUUGAUAGACAGUUACAGGAAAAGGAACAGCAGCGACGAGAUGAACAAAUGCUCACUCCCCCUUUUUUAAAUUGGAGCAAAAAAUCCUAUUCCAAUUUAAUUUGUUUUAAUAAAAUUAUUUUUAAAUUUUUCUAAAAUUUUUAAAAAAUAAAUUGAACAGCGUACUUUGAAUUUUAUAUUUUUUUAUAAAGAUAUUUCAAAAAAUAAUCAUUUAGUGUUAAAGCUGUUCAAAUAGCAUUCUACUUUGAAUUUAUCUAUUAAAUUUGGUUAUAAAACUAUUUUCUUCUAACUCUCCCCCCCCUUCCGUGAGUGAACAAAAAAAUUUUGUUCACUCACGGAGGGGGGUUAAUUUGUUUUUUUUAAAAAACUUUAUAUAUAAAUUUUAUAAAAAAUAUUUUUUUUCUAAAUUUAAAAAAAUCCUAAUUCGCAAAAAUUGGAAGGCAAAUAUUAAUUUAAUUUAUAAAAUUUAUGUUUUAAAGAGCAAUUCGUUUAAAAUUAAAUAGAAUUAGCUCUAGAUUUUAUUAUACUAAUUAUCAUUUAUAUAUCAAAAAUUUUUUCCAUAUAAAAAAUUUUUCUAUUAAAAAAAUUUUUGUUCACUCACGGAGGGUGGGUUUUUGGGCAAAAAAUGGUGAUUUUUCUAAUGGUUUUGUUCACUCACGGAGGGGGGGGGAGUAAGGAUCCCCCCCUCAUUUGUCAAAUUUUCUAGUCUUUUUUUAUAAGAUAAAAAAAAUUUUCAGGACCUCAUCUGUCCCAAAAUCUAGUAAAAAUGAUUUGUCCCAUUUUCUAGUCUUAUUUGGAUUUUUUCGAAUGCCCUAAAUUUUUGUUUUUUACUUUAAAAAAACUAGAAAAUGAGAUAAUUGAGGUCCUGAAAAUUUUUUUCCUAUCAAUAUUUUGACUAGAAAAACUGGACAAAUGAGGUCCUAAAAAAAUUUUUAUUUCCUAUAAAAAAAACUAGAAAAAUGGACAAAUGAUAAAAGACUGGAAAAUUGGACAAAUGAGGGGGAUCUUUAUAAAAUUCCCAAAUUGAAAAAAAUUUCGUUUCUCAAAAAAUAGAAUUUUACCAAUACUUUGUUCGAAUUUAAGGGGGGGUUCAGAGAAAUCGAAGCCAAUCUUAUGCUUAAAAAGAGCAAAGCUAUUCAGGACUAUGACCAAAGAGCCAAACAAGAAUAUAAAUACAUGCAACAGCAACUAGGUCAAGAAUACCAAGACAUGUCAAGCUAUAAAGCUCAAUUAAGAGCUCAAAUGAACCAACAAGAAAAAUCUGCUGAUAAAUCGUGGCUCAACACACUUAGCAACCAAAUGGAUCGUGACAACAAAAUGAAAAGAGAUUUAAAAGAAGAAAAAGUUAGAACAGAAAUGGAAGUUUUAAGGCUUAAAGAACAGCAAAGAGAGUAUGAACGCCAACAAAGAGAAAACGAAAGACUAAGAGACCAAGAAUUAAUUAGGCAAAAUAUUGAAAGAGUCAACUUACUCCAUCUAUUGGAUAGCGAGCAAAACAAGAAAAAUUCUAUUUUUGGAAAAAAUAAAUUUUAUAUAUAAUUAAUUAUUUUAAUAAUAUAUUCAAUUUAGACAGCUGCGUGCUAAAAUAUAAAUUUUGAAAUUAAAUUAGACUUUUCAUCUCAAAUCUUUAAAAUUUGGAUAUAUUUUUAUUUAAAAUUUUUAUAAAAACUUUACGCAAAAUAUCUUACUCACUGAACAAAGGGAAGAAUUAAGGGACCAAAAAUUGAUGGAUUUUAAUAAAAAUUUAGACGAACAGAGAACUAAUAAAGCAGUUGUAUAUGAUCCUGUAGCAAGAGAAAAUUUAGAAAAAGAAAUCAAAAAGGUUGAGGUUGUAAAUCAGUGGGAAAAUGAAGCAAGAAGAAGAGCUGAAGAAAAAAUGAACCAAGAAAGAGAACGAAGAAUGGCAAACAAGCAAGAAACCAUACAAACACUUCAGCAGCAGCUACAGGAGAAAAACAUGAAAAGAGAAAUGGAAAGAAUGGAUUUUGAAAGAGAAAAACAAACCAUUCAAAGACAAGUUGAAAACACUAAAAGUUACGAAACUCAGCUUAAGUUUUUAAGAGCUAACUCCCCCCCUCCGUGAGUGAACAAAACCAUUAGAAAAAUCGCCGUUUUUUGCCCAAAAACCCACCCUCCGUGAGUGAACAAAAAUUUUUUUAAUAUAAAAAUUUUUUAUGGAAAAAAAUUUUGAUAUAUAAAUGAUAAUUAGUAUAAUGAAAUCUAGAGCUAAUCCUUUCCAAUUUUUGCGAAUUAGGAUUUUUUUGAAUUUCGAAAAAAAAUAUUUUUUCGAAAAUUUAUAUAUAAUUUUUUUUUAAAAAAAAAAUUAACCCCCCUCCGUGAGUGAACAAAAUUUUUUUGUUCACUCACGGAGGGAGGGGGAGUAAGGAAAAAGAAGAAUAUAAGCAGGUUCUUGAGAACCAAUCGCAGAAUAAAAUGAUGCAAAAAUAUAAUGAGUUGAAGAUGGAUGAAAAAGAAAAACAAAUUUUUUCACCAAUUUUAACUUCAAAUGAAGAUUUGGAGUUUAAAGCAGUCCCAGGAAUUCAUCCUAGGGAAUCUCCACUGCAAAAAGCAUUUUUAAGAGCUCAUAGAAGUUUUUCUCAAUUGCCAAAUCCGAAUUCACCGACUUCAAGAGAUCCAAGCCCAGGGGGAUUGUCAAGAAAUGCUAGUAAUUUUGGGGAUGAUAAAAGUUUUGCAGGAAGCCCUGUAAAUGGAUCUUUUUCUAAUAGAAAGACAAGCAGAAAUGAGUUUUUCUUUGAUCCUCAGAAGCAUGACCCAAUUAUUAAUCCACUUGGAGCUAAUAUUCCAAGACCAGGGUUCGGUUCAACUUUUCAAAGAGGAAAAGGGCUUUCGCUGCUUCAUGUAGGUUCCUCAAUUACCAAACUUUAA